AUGCCAUCCUCUGUGUCGUGGGGAGUCCUUCUGCUGGCAGGCCUGUGCCUCCUGGUGCCCGGCUCUCUGGCCGAGGACGCCCACGGGGACGCUGCCCAGGAGACGGACACAUCGCCCCACGACCACGACCACGCGGCCUGCCGCAAGAUCGCCCCCAGUCUGCUGGACUUCACCUUCAGCCUGUACCGCCAACUGGCCAACCAGUCCAGCACCGCCAACAUCUUCUUCUCGCCCGUGAGCGUCGCCGCGGCCUUCGCCAUGCUCUCCCUGGGGACCAAGGAGGACACGCUGUCCCAGAUCCUGGAAGGCUUGCACUUCAACCUCACCAAGACACCCGAGGCACAGGUCCACGAAGGCUUCCGAGAUCUCCUCCAGACGCUCAACCAGCCCGACGGCCAGCUCCAGCUGGUCACUGGCAACAGCCUGUUCGUCAACCAGAGCCUGAAGCUCGCGCACUCGUUCCUGGAGAACUCCAGGAAGCUCUACCAGGCCGAAGCCCGCUCCGUCAACUUCAGGGACCCCGAGGAGGCCAAGAAACAGAUCAACGCUUACGUGGAGAAGGGAACCCAAGGGAAAAUCGUGGAUCUGGUCAAGGAGCUCGACGAAGACACACUUCUCGCCCUGGUGAAUUUUAUUUUCUUUAAAGGCAAAUGGGAGAAGCCCUUCGAGCCUGAGCUCACCACGGAGGACGACUUCCACGUGGACUCGGCGACCACCGUGCGGACGCCCAUGAUGAGUCGCCUGGGCAUGUUUGACGUCCGCCACUGUGAGAAGCUGUCCAGCUGGGUGCUGCAGAUGGACUACCUGGGCAACGCCACCGCCGUCUUCUUCCUGCCCGACGAGGGCAAGCUGCACCACCUGGAGCGUACGCUCAGCAAGGAUGACCUCCACAAGUUCCUAGAAGACAGAUUCAAGAGGUCUGCUCAGUUAUAUUUGCCCAAGAUGACUGUUUCUGGAACCUACGAUCUGAAGACAGUCCUGGGUGAGAUGGGCGUCACCAAGGUCUUCAGCAACAAGGCUGACCUCUCAGGGGUCACGGAGGACGCAGCCCUGAAGCUCUCCAAGGCCGUGCACAAGGCUGUGCUGACCGUAGACGAGAGAGGAACGGAAGCCGCUGGGGCCACCUUUCUUGAAGCCAUACCCAUGUCUAUUCCCCCCGAGGUCAAGUUCGACAGGCCCUUCCUCAUGAUGCUUUUUGACCAAAACACCGAGAGUCCGCUCUUCAUGGGCAGAGUGAUGGACCCCACUCAGAAAUAACCGCCAUCAGCACCCACCGGU